AUGUAAUUUGGAAUAGAUAAUCAAUAUUGGUAGAUCGGACCUAACUUCAAGGGAGUGAAGGUUAUUCCUCCAGGUGCUCAUUAUGUUUACUAUUCGCUGAAAGACGAAGAAUUUUCUGCAAGAAUGGGGUUCUUUAUUUAUAUUAAUCACAGAUAACCAGAUAAUUAAGAUGUGGUGAUAAGGAAAUGGAAUGAAAAAAAUUAGGAGUUUUAGUUAUUAGAUGAACAAUAGGAAGAAAUAUCUUAUCAAGAAGGAGUGAGAAAUAUGGAUUUUGAUAAAUACUUAGGUGUCUACCCAAUAGAUAAUUAUCAAUAAUGGCAAGGUCUCUCAAAUUUUAUAGACUAAAAUACUAUCAAAAGAAUUGAAUCAUUAAGCAAUGGAAUGAUUUUGAGUGAAGAGUAAGAAAGGCAAUUUAGAAUAGAAGAAGAAAUUUAAUAGCAAUAAGAGAAAGAGGAAAAUAAAGACAAUGAAUAAAAUGCGAAUGCAGAUUAUGAUGAUAUUGAGGAGACUAUUGAAAAAUUAGAGAAGUAAGUAAAGGAUGAGGAGAAAAAAUAACAGAAAGCUAAGAAAAGAGAAUAUAAAUACAAGGAUGCAUACAGUAGUCUCUAUUACUCAGAUAUUCCAAAAAGAAAGAUUAUAACGCAUCUUUAGGGAGAAGCACUUACUCAAGCUAAUUUUGAUAAGUCCAUUAUUCUGCAGGAAGUAUUAGAGAAAUCGUUUUAAAAUUAAGAAAAUAGUUUAUUAGGAGAAUUUUAAUUCGCCUUUGUGACAUUUUUGUUAGGUGAAAAUCUAGAGAGCUAUGAUUAAUGGAAGAAGAUAGUUAAUCUUCUAUGUAAUUGCGAAAUUGCUGUGAGAGAUAAAUUUGAUUUAUUCUACAAGUUUAUCCCUGUAUUUUAUGAGCAACUUAAAUAGCUACCUAAGGAUUUCUUCUAAGCUGAACUAAGCAAGGUUAAUUUCUUGAAUGAUAGCCUCAAGAACUUUAUUGAAAUAUGUUCGGAUUAAAGUAUGCCUAAAAAAUUAAGGCAAAGAAUUGAUAAACUAAGUUAAAUGCUUUCUAUUGAAUAUGGAUUUCUACCUAUUCUCUCUCUUGAAUAAAGGCUUAUCCAGCAAGCAUAAAUAUCAAAUCAGCAGAAGAAAUUUGAUGAUAUGGAUGAUGAUGAUUUACCUAUUGUUGUAGAUGAAUCAGAAGGUUUUAUUUCAUUCUGA